AGCUCGCCUUCUCUUUCUUCGUCGUCGUUUCAUCACAGAGUGCGUCUAAGCGGGUCUGUAGGUCGACUCUCCCCGUUUUUUUGUUCAGCCUCUUUCAAUACAUACAUUUUUUUGGCUUCUGUUUUCUCCUUCCUUUUUUUUUGUGUGGGUCUGUGUGUGUGUACAUCACAUCACAGAUCCGUCGUCGCCUUCGUGCGUCUUGUUGCGCUGUCUGUAGCUGUCAUCGGUGCCCUACAGUGGUGAUAGCGUAUCACCAUCUUCCCUAUUCUCUCUUUCUUGGGGUGUUUUCUAUAUAUAUAUAUAUUCAUCUCCUGUGAUCGACUCUUAUUCAUUUAUUGUGAAUUACUAAUACUAUUAUUAAUAUUAUCAUUGGUUGUGAGUGGUCAGUGUUGCUGUCUCUUUUUUUGUUUGUUUUAAUAUCUACGUUUGAGAGUGGUGCUGCGUAAUUCACCUCUCUCUCUCUCGCCCUCGCCUGUUUUUCCGUGACAGCGGUUUCUUCCCCGCCUGCCGUUUGUGUUCGCGGACUUUUUUUUUGCUUAUUCGUUUCUGCGUUCUUCUUUCCCCCCGUGUGGUGGUGGCCGCAUCUAUUGUGUGCCGAAACGAUAGUGGGCGGCGAGGAGGGAAAGCGAAAGAGCGAGUUAUCGUUACGCGACAUACAGCAUCACUGUGUGUGUGUGUGUGUGUGUGUUAUUGUCUGCUUCGUGCGUUGACUAAUACUGUUAACAUUAUUAUUGUUGCCUCGAUAGCUGCUCGUAUCGGCUGACAGGCACCUUUUUUUUUGCUGUUCUCUUUCUUCAAAACGAGUCCCGUUGCACCUGCGCUAAAGAUUCCAUACACGCAUCUCAACUACUCGUUCCUCUCUCUUUUCUGUGGUGGUGUGGUUGUGUGUGCGUGGGGGUGGAGGUGUGCUUACGAGUAUUCCUUCUGUUGACAUUAUCGCUACUGCUCCACGAGCGGCACCCUCCAUUUGAUGCAAACUGCGGUGCCGUCCUCCUCCGCCGUUUGCCGCGGUGGCGGUGGUCAUUGGAGCGACAGCGGCACACACGCGGGGGGUGAUGCAGACCACUACGACGACAGUGCCGCCGCCGCCUCGGAUGUGUUUCGUGACUUCACCUGGUACAGCGCGAUGCUGCUGUCGCACCUGUUUGCGCUCGAGUACGCGCAGGUGGCGCGCGAUGCGGCAGCCGAGGAAGCACGCCGGAGCGCGGCUUCGGCACACAGUCCGCAGCUGCUCAUGCGAGCGGCCAUGGCCGCCGCGAACACACCGACGACGACAGCGGCGACCACGCAAAAUUUAUUCGCCGCAGCCCCAAAUGUCUCUGCUGCACAAGAUGACCACGUAUCGAGGCUGCGAAACAGCAACAACAACGGGGCUGAAGACGGCAGUCAGCCGGCGGCCGCCGCAACUGCCGCAGCGCAAACGGCGAUGGAAGUUGCAGAAGAGAUACUCCCGCUGCCGCACCUCACCGCGCAGCACCGCCCACACAUUUUGCUGGGCUUCACGACGAGCGGCGCCGCGAGCGGUCACGCAAACCGCAGCGAGGAAAACGUGUGGAAUGACCCGUCUACCCGCUGGACGGCGCCGGCGCGGCUGAAGGACGCCAACGCUGGAGCUGCCGUGUCAGCAGACCGCAACGGAAGUAAAACGGCGGCCCUUCUCGCUGCUUUCGACGCCUUCUAUUUCCCCUCGGAACUCUUCUCUUCCCCUGCAAAUGCGCCCGGCGCAUUGGCGACGGCGGCGAAAACCACCACCUCGGCCAGCCGUACCGCGCCAUCCGGUGCAGUUGGCAGCGACGCGGCUCCGCUGACGACGGACGACGCUGACGGUGACGGCGGUGUGAAUCGAAUGAAUCUCACCGCUGCUGCUGCUGGUGGAGGUGGUGGUGCACCCGCUGGUGCAUCGCGCGUCACGCCCGAGGCCCUCCGCGAAGCCUUCCACACACUUCUCCAGCUUGGUCAGCGCUGUGCCGCCUUCUCUUUGACCUUCCACGGCAUCAUCGGCGCUGCUGCCACAACGGAAGACGGCGCAGGCGACGGCACCGCCACGGUGAUGGUGACCUCACGCAGCGGCGACAACAUCGUCCUCUCCUCAGAAGACGAACUCCGCAGCGGCAGCGGUGCGGGGACGACGGGGGCGGCGCCGCUGACGGUGGACAACGCCGGCAUGCAGCAAGCCGCCUCCGCCUCGUUGCAGUUUAUGCUGCAGCUCGCCUGUAGCUGCCCCUGUGCCCCCUUGUCCUACGCGGCACAACUGUGUAUUGCGCAUGCGCUGGCAGUGCAGCCCACGCCCCGCAGCGCCGCCGGCUGGGCCGCACGGCAGCAGCUGCUGCGCUUCUUACCGACUCUUCAGCCGCCUUCUCGCACCUUGGCGACGGACGCGGCUGCGGCUACGGCUGCUGGUGGAAAUGGCGGUGGUGGUGGUGGUGUACAUCAUCAUUCCAGCACCACUACGGGGACUGCACCCGGCACAGCAGCGGCCGCCCCUUCGACUACUACUUCGAGUGGGCCGUCAAUGAGUGCUGCGGGCGCAAACACGAGCAACCGCGUCCCCGCCACGCAGUACGUGCGGGCGGAAGAUCAGCUCUUGUGGUUCGACGAAGCCGGCGCCGUGCACGUGACGACAGCGCAGCGGUGGUGGGAGGGUCAGCCACCGCCGCCGUCACGCUCGUCGCGUGGGGGCUCCUUCUGUGCGUACUGCGGCCCGCUGCCGGCCACCACCGCUCUCCCUACCGUGCAGCGGCUCCUCAUGGAGGAGAACCAGUACGCUGGGCCGAACGGGAGUGCCGCCGCGGUGCUGCUGUCGAUCCUCGAGGCCGUCUCCACCGAGGUAACGCUGAACGCGCGGCUUAUUCCCGGCUCGUCGUCGUCGUCGUCGCGUGUGCACACAAGCCUGCGACGCCGGCGUGGGGUGCACAGUGGGGGCGGCGGCGUGCACACCCCUGCGAGUCUCAACGGGGGUCAGCGGACCGCAGCGGCGGGGCUGAUGCGCGCUGCAUCGCCCACCCUGUCCAACGCCUCGCUGGAUGUGGAAGGCGGCGGUGUGCGCGGUGGGUCACCCACGCUGCCGCGGCCGUCCUCUGUUGGAAGCCAGAGCAGCAGCAACCCCCACAGCACGAGUAGCACAGCCGUGGCACGCACACACGCCACCGCUGCAUCCUCUCGCCUCUCCAAAGCGGCGAAGCGUCGUCGUGCCCUCCUCUUCGCCCUCGCCCAGAGUCACCUCCUGCCCCCGACCGCGCAGCUGGUGACCACCAAGACGCUGCUCUACGGGGUCUUCACGGAUGGCGGGGAGUGCCCGUCCUACUACACGCUCCUCUCUCUUUACCCGGAGGUCUUGCGCGCCCAUCACGCCUCGCUGCAUUACGUUCUUUUCGAAGAGGGACCGCUCUCGGUGGACGUGCGACUUAUGGUCGCCACGAUGGCCGCUAGUCGCCACCGCUGCGAGUACCUUGUCUCGCGCUUCUCCGCACUACUGCUGCGCUACGCGGAGGAGGCGAUGUUCGAAGACGGACACGACGACGAUGGCGAUGACAACGACGUGUUCAGCGAGCUGCCGGAGGAUGACGACCCUGGAUACCGCAGCGGUGGUGGUGGUCGGCACUACGAUGCGUACCGUUUUGGCCGAGAGGAUGAGGUUGGCGGCUAUCACGGCCCUCGGCAGCCUCGGCAACAAAGGCAAAAGCAGCAGCUGCCCUGCCGUGGACAGGCACGGCAACGUUGGAUCACGCACGGGCCACCAUCACGUCUACGCGCCGUACAGCACUUCAUCGCCAUCGCCGCCCACACGCCGUGGACGCUGAACGAGGACGACAUACGCGGUGUGCUGGCGAACGGCUGGACCAUCCCGGAGGUGUUUCAGCUCGCCGCGAUUGUGGCGCAGGUGGUGCCGCUCUGCAGCUUUGUGAUGGGCCUUUUCGUGCCGGCCGAGCCGUGGACGAUGACGCUGCUGCCGCUCGAGGUGGUGACGCGACUGGGGCACCGCGCCGUGGCGGAGGAGACGUCUGCGGGGGGAGGGGGCGGCAUGGUAAGCAGCGGCAGUAGCGGCACGCUUUCUGUGUUGCGCCGCGUGUCGAACAUGCCGAGCGAUGCAAUGACCGGUGCCUGCCCAGGUCCUGCGACUCCGCACCAAGCCGCCACGAGUCGCUCGCUGCUCGGGGCGGCGAUCAGUAGUGGCAGCGACACGGUGCUGAUCAGCGGCGGCAGCGGCACCGUUGGGUCACCGCCAGGGAGCACGACGGGCACCAACAGCAACGUCGCCGGUGUGGCGGACGUCUACCGACGCUACGCCGGCGAGGAUGCGAUUGUCAGCGAGCAGCGCAUUAAAGGCAGCAACGCCACGGCGAACCCGCACACGCUCUGGCGCAGUCAGUUCACGUGGAACGAAGUCGGUGCCACGUCGAUGGAGCAGUACUACCCCGGUGCGGCAACUCUCAUGAGCGAGGAGAUCGAGUGCUUCUUUGAUGUGGUGCGUCAGCUGACGAAAGCGGACUGUGUCGGGCUGAUGAGCCCCGACUACGCCCCCUCCUACGCCUUCCGCUCCCUGCAGCUGUACGUGCAGAACCUGCUCGGCUUCAUGGUGGAGGACUACCCCUACAACGACAUCAACAAGGUGCUGCGACGACCGGCGAAGUGGUUUGCGCAGGUGCUGACGAUGCGGCCCGAGACGCUGACGCGGAGUGCGGUGGUACGGUGGUACGUGCCGACGACGCCGCCGAUCGGCAAGUCCACCGACCUCAACGCGGAGUCUUCGCUCGUCACCCACCAGCUGAAGCGGGAGAUCGAACUGCUGUCGGUGGUGGACAGCGCGCAGGGCGGUCACCGCGGCGGCAUCGAGUCUGCGAGCGCACACCCCGACUUGGUGGACAGCCCGCCGCCCACCCCGGCCGAGGCGGCGCGAGACGCGGCGGAGGCAGAGGCGCUGCAGACCGCCUUGACUCUGCAGGACGAACGCGUGUUGCUGCUCAUUGCGCUGGCCACCAUGGAGGCGCGGAAGGAGGGUCUGCUGCACAUUCUGCUGCGUCCGGUGUGCUCGGUGCUGAGUAACAUGUAG